CGGUCUUCAGAUUGAAGUCAUAUUUAGUCUUGUGUGUCAGUCAUCAAACAUUUUGACCAAUCAGCGCCUUUGAAUCCUACACGUAAACUCCUCCCAUCGCAUGUCUGUAUUUCGCUGUUCGUCUGCAAAAGGGAAAAUAAUUGAUAAAUUUAAAGAUGCCACUUUUACGAAGGCAGCCAUUUCAUCGAGAAAAACCACCACCCGAUCUUAAACCAGAUGAAGAAGUUUUCCAUUGUAAACUUACUAGAGAAGUUUUUAGAGAUUAUGAAAAAUUCUUUGAGAGGAUUAUACUAUGCAACAGUCUCGUAUGGUCAUGUGCAGUUACUGGUAGAUCAGGUUUGACCUUUCAAGAAGCAGAGGAAAGUGAAGAGAAGGCAUUAAAACAACUAGCAUCAUUUCCUACAUGUUUGCAGAAACCCAUUUUGUUCCUUGCCAGCAAAACCCAGAGAAGUCGUUUAGCUGACUUAAAUGAUGAUGUAUUUGUAUUUGCCAAGGACAGAUUCUUUAAAGGAGAAACAGUGGAUGUUAUUACUGGGCCAUCUAAGAAAGUGUCUAAAGUAAUUGAUGUAAUUGCACCCAGUAUUACAUCUUUGUCACCCACCGUAAAUGGAGACUCAGGAGAAGAACCAAUGGACGUGGAUGAGGAGAAAAAAACCCCAGAGAAAAAGAAAGAUGGUUUGAAACCAGAGACUUUCAAGUAUGUUGUUAAAGCCAAUGAAAAGACUGCUGCAAGCACAGUUUCUUUCAAAAUGAUCAGUCGUAAAAAAGGCUUGCUAACCAGAGACAAGUGUAAAUUGUUUCUGAAACAGAGCUGUGAAAAUGAAGAUGGAAUGUGGAAAGUCAAGAAAGCAAAAGUGAAGAAGUUCCACUUGGAUACUGUGAAGUUUGAGGAUAUUUUUAGUGGACCAAUGCCUCAGUUUGAGUUCUCAGAGAUCAAAGUUAAGAAGCCGCCAGCUCCUAAAAAAGAAUCAAAGGAACCAUCUCCAGCUCCUGCGAAAAAAAGUGUUGACAACGCCUCUAAGAAAGCAGUUAAUGCUCCUCAACUUACACUGGAAGAGCUUAAAGCAUUGAGAGAACAGGAUAGACUUCAAAGAGAAAAAGAGAAAGAAGAAAAACUUGCUCAGAAAAUUAAAGAAAGAGAAGAACUUAGACGGAAGUUUGAAGAGGAAAAAGAAAAGAGAAAGCAAGAAAAGGCUAUGGAAAUGGAGAAGAAGCGUGAGGAGAAAAGAAUACAAGCUGAGUUAUGGAGGGAAUGGAGUCGUCAUAGAGAUGACCUUGAAUGUGAUGAUCUCAAGGUAUUACCAGAACCAACUGCUGUACAGUGUCGCUUACCUGCAGAAUAUUUUGGGGAUGCUGUUAUGGUGGUAGAAUUUGUUAACUGCUUUAGCUCAAUAUUUGAUCUCAAAGCCAGCUUUCCUAAAGGUUUUACACUAAAGACGUUAAACGAAGCUUUGUUAGAAACUGAUGCUGGUGGAUUAAUGGCUGAUCUGUUGUUAAUGAUGUUGACAGCUGUGUUCAGUCUACAAGAAGAAGAGGAAGAAGAAGAAGCAGAGUUGACUAAAGAAGGCAAACAACAAGAUAUGGCAGAAGAGAAUAUAGCAGCCUCGGACAUGUCUAUGAACCAGUUGAUAGAUGUAGCUACUUCCAUGUCGCAUCUUCCUCUUAUAUCACAUGGUACGACAUUGAGAAAACUUCCCUUAGACAACUUUACUUUGACUGAGAUUUUGCGUCUACACAUACUGGCUUCUGGUGCUCAAGGCAACAUGGCUAAUGCAAAGUUUAGGUACCAGCAGAGAGGUGGUUACAUGCCUAUUGAUGAUGCAGGUCUAGACUUUAAGAAAAGGGAACCAGAAAUUGUCAGCAAGUUAGCCAUUGAAAACAUCUAUGAUCUUUCACCUGAAGAGAAACUGAAGCUGUUGACUGUGUUAGCUGACCAAUUCCUUACAUAUGCUGCAACAAGAGAUAUAAUAGAAGACAACUUUGACAAGUUGAGACAGUUAAAGAAUGACCUGAAACAGUUACAAUGGGGGGAACAGAAAAGGGAGAGAGAAGAGGCAGCUAACAGGUAUAAAGCCAAGUUGGAGGAGAAACAACGUGAGCGAGAUAUCAAUGAAAAGAGGAGAGUUGUGAAAUUCAAGAAGAGAGAGGAGAUGAUAAGAAAGGAUGAAGCAUUAAAGAAUGGAGCUGAACCUGGACAAGAUUUGCUAGAUCUGGCUACAGAAAUUGAGGUAGCUGAGAAAGAGUUGGCAGAACUAGAGGCUUCUAUGCCGUCCGCGGAGGAGACAGAAAAGCUGAGAACAGAGGAAGAUGAUGCUGAGGCUGAUAAGAAGGCUGAAUAUAUGUCCAAGGAGCGAGAUUUUGUAGACAGUAUACUAGAUCUCCAACACGGCAAUGCUGUAUACCCUAUAGGACGUGAUAGAAUGUACAGGAGGUACUGGAUGUUUAAAUCUAUACCUGGAAUCUUUGUAGAAGAUGAUGAACGUCAUGUUGCACCUGAAUUACUCAAUGUUAUACAACAAAAUCCACUGGGGAGUACCUUUAAUUUGAAUGAUCCUUUUACAGCUCCACCAAAGCUCAAUCAAACUAAGCCUCAGGCAUCAGCGGAAUCCCCUGCUCCUGCUCUUACUCAGGAAAAUAAAGAUGGAAGUGAUAAAGAAAAUGACUCAAUGAAUGCAUCUCUAAACAAUAGUGCUGUAGGAGAUGGUAAUACUAGUCUUGGUGUUCAGUCUGCAAAUACUAGUCUAGUGAAUAAUACAAAAGACGUUGUUGAUGAAAGCAGUGCAGAAAAUAAAGAUGAAAAUAAAGCACAGAAAGAGAAUGGAAGUGCAAUAGUUAUAAGUGAUGAUGAAGACUCUAAACCUCCAAUGUUAGAACUUGAACAAAAAAUUGAAUCACCAAUUGUCAUUGAAACACCAGCAGUAAAACAGAUUAAUGAAAUUGCUAAACAUAAAUAUAAAUGGGCUUUCUAUAGGAGCGAAGAAGAUCUAGAAGCAUUGAUACUUUCUCUUAAUGGCCGUGGAUUUCGUGAACGUGCUCUUAAAAAUGCAAUUUUAGAACACAAAAGUAAAAUUUUGGAUAAAAUUUCAAAGGUUCCUGUUGAUAUUUUACAUAUAUCUGAGGAGGGCAAAAACGAUGAUGAAAAUGGUGAAAGUACAAAGUUAAUGACAAUGGAAUGGAAGAGAGGUCGUAGAAAUGUAACUGGUAUGAUGCACAAUGAUUCAGCACAUGAAGGUCUUGAACUGAAUUUAAGGGAGAUGAUCUUAGAUUUAGAGGAAAGGAUACAUGUUGGUACUCUAGGCCAUCUAAGAGUUUCAGACAGAGGAAAAUGGAGAGAUUCUAUAGAAAAUGGAGCUUACGAACCAUGUACAGACGAUAUCUUGUUUAAGAAAGACGUUAAAGAAAACACAGAAGAAAGUUCAAAUGUUGAUGGAGAAGACAUGGAUAUGUCAACAGAGGAGGCAAAUUACACCAUGGCUAUAGCUAAAGAUAUGGCAAAGGCUGUAGUACAGAUUGCUAGAGGAAUUGAACCUAAAUACAUGCAACCACCCUUGGGUGAUGAUGAUAAAACUAAACUAGCAAAACAGAAGGCUGACAAAAAAGAAGAGCAGAAGAAAAAGAAGAAAGAUGAUGAUGACAGUGAUGAUGAUGAUGAAGAUUCAAUGAUGCAGAAAACACCAAAGAAAUCAGUGAUGGAGCGUUGGGAAGAUUCCUGUCUACUUAGUACUAGUCUAGCUCAAGUGUUCUUGCAUCUGUCUACCUUAGAGAGAUCUGUUACAUGGUCUAAAUCAAUUCUUCAUACACGUUGUAGAAUCUGUCGGAGGAAAUGUGAUCCAGAGAAAAUCCUCCUGUGUGAUCAAUGUGAUCGUGGACAUCACAUGUACUGCCUUAAACCACCGCUCAAACAUGUACCUCAAGGUGAGUGGUUCUGUCCAGAUUGUCGACCAAAGGAUGUAAAACGUAGUCCUAGAAAGGGAAGACGACGAACAUUCAGUGAGAGAGAAGAAGUGUCAAGUGGUGAGGAGGAGGAAUCAGAGGCAGAAAUAGAAAGUGGUGAGGAGGAGGCCGAGGAUGAGGCUAGUUCAGAUGAGGAGAAUGAUAGUCUAUGUGCUGUAUGUAGUAAAUCUGGCAAGCUCAUCUGCUGUGACAAUUGUCCCCUCUCAUAUCAUCUCACAUGUGCUAAACCUCAACUUAAGAAGAUUCCUAAAGGCAAAUGGUUGUGUCAGAUUUGCUCUGGUACUGACACUAAGGCUGGAAAAAUAAAGAUGAACCUCGGAAAAGGUAAGAAGAAGAAAAGUAGUCCAAAACUGACACCAAACUCGAGUAGACAAUCAUCAAGACGAGGUAGUCCACGAGAUAGUCCUGUCACUGUAAACUCAGGGAGAAAACGAAAAAGGGAAGACUCCCCAAUGGUUGAGGAAAAACCUAAAAUGAAGAGAAAUGCAAAAUCAACAUCGAAACUUGUACAAGAAGUUAAAUCUGAUGAGCCGAAACAUUAUGUAAGCAGUUCAAGGGGAAAUACAAAGGUACAACAAUUAAAGAUGUUAGAAGAUGUUGUUCUGGGCAUGAUGGAGGAAGAUGAAGCCUGGCCAUUCCUCAGACCAGUCAACAAGAAAGAUGCACCUGAUUAUUAUGAAAUAAUCAAGAAACCAAUGGAUUUCCAAACAAUAAAAAACAAAAUCAACAAGUUUAUGUAUACAGAUCCUGCUGAAAUAGUAGAAGAUACACGACAGAUCUUUACUAACUGUAUAGAAUACAAUAAACGUACAACACAGGAGUUCAAGGCUGGUGCUAACAUGUCUAAACUGUUUGAGAAGAGAAUGAAGAAUCUAGAGGAGUCUGCUGCUACAAAUGGUCCCUCGGGAAAACGUGCCAGAACUAAAUAAUCAUGACAGAACUGGUUACAACUUGUAUAGCUUCAUCAUUUGGUGCAAAAUGGCAUAAUUUAGUAAAAUCUUCCUUUGUGUAGUUCCAUAAUGGAAAUUUAAAAUCAUAUUGGUUAUUGUAAAGAUGUUUUGGUAUGGUUGUGUCAUGUAAUAAGAUAAAGGUGUGCUUUUAAUCAACAUUCCAUUACUUGCAUGACAUUGUUUUUAAAUACAUCAUGGGGAUAAUUAGAGGGAUCAUCUUUAUAAACUUGGAAUAGUAGAAAGUAGUCCGAUAUUGUAAUGUUUAUAGCACAUUUCUGUAUUCAUGUAUAUAAUUAUAUAUAUUUAUAAGUUACAGAUAUUUAUAUUGUGUCACAUGCAAUACAAGUAGUUAAAAAGCACUAGAUUUUGUGUAGAUGUGAUAGUUUAGUACAUUUUGUUCUUUUUCUUCUCAAAUACCUCAGUUUUUGUUUAAAGUUUAGAGUUUAAUUCACCUGCCUUCCAAAGAUAUGCAUAUGUUUUUAAGUGAAAUUUUGUUCUUUAGUUUAAUAUUUUAGUAUUAUAUUUUUGAAAUCGUCCUGUUUCUUUUGUAACUUACAAGUAAUUAUAUAUAUACUGUGCUACAUGGAAAUAAUGUGUGAAUCGUUUAAUAAAGUAUGAAACUUAAAACUCUAUGUAUAUAAGAAGAAAGUCUUCCCUUAACUUAAUUGUGAAGAGUGAUUGAAGAAAAACAUCAUUACAAGCUUGUGAAAAUUUGGCAAAUAUUUCAGAUUUGUGAUGUACUUUUUGAGAUGAUGAUCACACUUAUGUACAAGUUCCAUAAAAAAAGUAACCUGCAGAUAUAUGUUGAAUAUUAUAAACUAAUAACUACAGUUUCUACAGUGUCUCUAAUGAACAAAUUACAUUAGUAUCCAAGUUAAGUCAUUGCAUAUAGGACAUGUAGGUUUAUAUUUGUAAGUGAUACAAUAAUUUUCCAUGAUACUGUACGAUUUAUAGUUUGUAUCUUUUAUGUUAAACUUUAAGAUUUUCGGCAAGCAUAGAAGUGGUAUCUAUUUGUAUAUUUGUAAUUUGGAUGUAUUUAUUUUUGAUGCUGUGUCAAUAUGUGACUUGACAUAAUAAAUGUCUUCAAAGGUC